AUGGCGGAACCUUUCAAGACCACCCCGGGCGGCUACACACACAUCUUCAUGGCAGUCGACAAAUUCACCAAGUGGAUUGAGGUCAAGGCUAUUGCCAGCAUCGAGUCAGCUAAAUUCACUCAGUUCGUGGAGGAAAUUAUGCACCGCUUCGGAGUGCCAAAUAGGAUCAUAACCGACCUUGGCGCACAAUUCACAGGCUUCGAGUUCUGGGAUUUCUACCAGGACAACCUCAUCGACGUAUACUACUCCUCAGUAGCGCACCCGUGUUGCAACGGUCAGGUCGAACGUGCAAUUGGGAUGGUCCUUCAGUACCUCAAGUUGCGCAUCUUCGACAAGGCAUCCAAGUACGCCACCAAGUGGCUAUGCAAGCUACCUUAUGUCAUCUGGUUCCUACGAACACAGAAGAGUCGGGCUACCGGCUACACCCCUUUCUUCAUGGUGUACGACUCAGAGGCCGGCCUUCCAUCCGACAUGGCCUUUGGCGCCUCACGUAUCUAG